AUGGCGGAGGAUCGCUGGAGGAGUCGCCAUUUGCUCCGAGUACUAUUACUCUUCUUCCUCUGCUCGUCUCUGGCCCCCUGUUUUGCCAGUAAUGGUAACAGAGAAACCAUCGAGAUCGAGAUCGGGAUCGGUCGCUCGUCCUGUCCACCGCGACCUCGACCAUCACCUCCACCGCCACCGCCACCGCCACCUCCACCUCCACCUCCAUUGCCCUGUCCAUCGCGACCUCGAUCAUCACCUCCACCGCCACCUCCACCUCCACCACCGCCACCUCCACCUCCACCUCCGCCCCCACCUCCACCACCACCGCCACCUCCACCCCCACCUCCACCACCACCGCCCCCUCCACCUCCACCUCCACCUCCACCACCACCGCCCCCUCCACCACCACCGCCACCUCCACCUCCACCUCCACCUCCACCACCACCGCCCCCUCCACCACCACCGCCGCCUCCACCUCCACCUCCACCUCCACCACCACCACCACCACCUCGCGAGCCGCAACCGUGCGACUUCGUGAACGAUCUCCAGUACCGAGCUUAUUUGGUCAUCCAACAAUUCAGGAGAACCAUCACCUGCGAUCCCAAGAACAUCACCGGAACCUGGGUCGGAACCCGGAUCUGCUCCGACGGCAAAGGCCAUGGAUAUUCCGGUUUCUACUGCGAAGGGCCGCCGGAUAAAAGGAAUAUGCCGACGGUGGCCUCCGUCGACUUCAAUGGGUAUCACCUGGCGGCGCCGACGGUGCGCGGCUUCAUCGACGAUCUCCCUGAUCUCGCCAUUUUCCACGCUAAUUCCAACCGCUUCGGCGGCACAGUGCCGGAUCUCUCCCGCCUUCCCUUCUUCUAUGAGCUCGACCUCAGCAACAACGUCCAAACCGGCUGCUUUCCCUCCUUCGUCCUCCCCCUAGUCAACCUCUCCUUCCUCGACCUCCGGUAUAACAACUACUCCGGUCAGGUUCCCUGCGCCGUUUUCAACAUCCAGACGCAGGUGCUUUUCCUCAACAACAACAAGUUCAACGGCCAAAUCCCGGCCAACCUCGGGAAGACUCCCGCGAAUUACAUCACCUUCGCGUUCAACUACUUCACCGGGCCGAUCCCUCGGUCGAUCGGGCAAGCAUCCAAUACUCUGCUCGAGAUCCUGUUCCUCGGCAAUCAGCUCUGCGGCUGCCUGCCGUACGAGAUAGGGCUGUUGAAGAAGGCAACGGUGUUCGACGCCGGGAGCAACCAUCUCUCCGGCCCGAUCCCGCUCUCGUUCGGGUGUCUGAAGAAGGUGGAGCAGCUCAACCUCGCCGGAAACUUUCUCUCCGGCGAGGUGCCUGAUGCCGUCUGCCAACUGGCGAAUUCCAUGCACGGCCUCCUGGUGAACCUCUCGCUCUCCGACAACUACUUCACGUCGGUGGGGAAGUGCUGCGUCGAUCUGAUCAAACGUAAUGUGUUGCACGUGGAGAAGAACUGCAUUGCGGGAUUGCCGGGACAGCGGCCGGCAGCAGAAUGCGAGCGUUUCUUGAAGCAGCCGAAGCCCGUGUGUCCCGGAGCGCAAUACGUCCCCUGCCGGCUCCCGGCGAAGGAGGACGCUUGGGCGGUGGCAGACGGGGAGGCGGAUAGGGCGCCAGUGGCGUCCGGGUACGCGACUUACAAAGCGCUGCAUCCGCCGGAGAGGAGGAAGCCGUAGAUUCUCCGUGACGUGCCCAACUAUGAUUGGCGCUUGUCUAUGUAGAUUGUUCUUUGUUCAGUAACUCUGCCGGUAUAUUAUUGGGACGCAAUGCAUAAUAAUGCCAUAAAUAUUUAAUACUAUCAUUUGUAAGUUAAGU